UUGGAGAGCGCAUCUUGUGUUACGCAUGCGUCAGUGUAGACGACACGAUUGCACUGUAGCAGACCGAGCAAGCUAACCAAGCUACCUAGCUAACGUUACCCAGCCAGCUACCGUGAAAUGAAAUAACAUUUGCUUUGUCCUGUGAAUCUAUUUCUACCAAAAGGGAAGGCCUUCGUGCAAAGAUGACAACGUUAUCAAGAGGGGUUGACAUUACUGGUCUCAUUUUCACCGUCAAACAUUCUCUGGUGUGAGACAGAUUGCAGUAUCUACAGGAAUUCGCUAGCUAGCGAGAUCAGUCAGCUAGUCUAGCUAUUAGCUAGUGUUGGCUUAACAACAGCCAUGGGAAUACUUUUCACCAAGCUAUGGAGGCUUUUCAACCAUCAAGAGCACAAAGUUAUUAUUGUGGGCCUGGACAAUGCGGGGAAGACUACCAUACUUUACCAGUUUUCUAUGAACGAGGUGGUGCACACCUCUCCUACAAUAGGCAGCAAUGUGGAGGAGAUCGUGGUGAACAACACUCACUUCCUGAUGUGGGACAUUGGAGGGCAGGAGUCCCUGCGGUCCUCCUGGAACACCUACUACACUAACACAGAGUUUGUGAUCGUCGUGGUGGACAGCACAGACAGAGAGAGGAUCUCUGUGACCAGGGAGGAGCUCUACAGAAUGCUUGCGCACGAAGACCUGAAGAAAGCAGGCCUGCUGAUCUUUGCCAACAAGCAAGAUGUGAAGGGCUGUAUGUCUGUGGCUGAGAUCUCCCAGAGCCUGCAGCUCACUGCAGUCAAAGACCAUCAGUGGCACAUCCAGGCCUGCUGCGCGCUCACUGGGGAGGGGCUGUGCCAGGGUUUGGAGUGGAUGAUGUCCCGACUGCGGGUCAGAUGACCAUAAGUGUGUUGUUUCUCUCUUCUCUACACCUUCAGUCCUGAGUGGUGUUGGUUGGUGGGUGGUUAACAGGCAGCCCUUCUCUUCUCCGUGAAGCCUCUGACAUGACUCGGCAAGCCAGACUACCUACCUAACUGCUUAACCUACCUUCCAGGAUGUAGUUUACCUGCUGCAAGUUUAUUUAUUAUUACAGAACACUGCUCCGCACUGACUGAGAACUUUGAACAACCACAAGACUGUUCUGAUAUCUGGUGUGUUUAAUUUCUGAAUCAGCACGGUUCAUACUAAUAGGAAAUGUGGACUUCUUAGGACUGGAGGUAAGACUUAGGAGGAAUCGUCUCGUGAGCCCGCCUGCCCGGAGUGGCCUUGUUGCAGUAUCGCCAGACUGCCUGAGGUGGCGCUGUUGCCCUGUGUGUACAGUCCAGUAUUUACAUUACCCACGUGUCCCAAAUGGCUACUCCCUAUAGGAAGGUUGGUGCCAUUUGGAAUGCUCUUUACAUUACCCUGUGCCUGCUGCGUCCGAGUCCUCAUGCGAUGACUGAUGAAGACACUGAGUCAAAGACCCCACGAGGGGGAACUCAACUCUCUCAGCUCAUAUGAAAUACAGUGGGAAAAAUAAAGGGUUUUUAUCUGUUUUGGGUGCAUUGCAUUUGUCAUAAAUGUGUGUUCAUUUAACUUGUAAAUAAUCCUCAAUAUUUUUGUUUCUACACAAACAAAACUUUUUUUUUUAUGCAUUAUUCUUUGUCACCAAGCCUCUGGGGGGGAUGUUCAGAUGUGGACCAUUAAAGUAAACUUCAACAUUCUUUCAGAGAAUACCCACUCAUGGACAGACUGGAACAGUGAGGAGUGACUGUGGACUACCCAUGUCAAAGUCUGUUGGAAAGCCAUAGACAGCAAGAGUAGAGGGUAGAUUAAAGGCCUUAGUCAAGUAUCCUUUCUCACCUGGCUUCACAGAGACUAGGUGAGCAGCAGGCAGGGUUGAGGAGGAAACUUCCAGCACUCCCAUAGUUACGUUGUACAUUGUGAGUUGGCCCCAAGUACAGAUCAAGGUUCACGUCUUUUCGUUAUCAUUUCGAUUUCAAGAUUUGUAUAAACAACAGUACGUCCCAUUACAGAACGUUAAUGUGAGGGGUGGCUUUGAAUAUUGUAGUAUGUUGUAUGGUUAACUACUUUAUUUUCACAGUUUUGACAAUAUAACAACAGGUUCAGUUGUUAUAUAGUUGGAGAGGGAUUUAUUUCAGAACUGCUAGAUGCACUGUAAAUCUCCUUCGUCAUCAAACAAGAUGACUAAUAGUAAGCAGAUAAGAGAAUAGUAACGACUGAUGAGUAUUAAGUUGGGAGUGUAUUGCCUUCGAUGACUCAGUAGUGAAACACCUUCCUGUCGGUCACUGGUCCAGAAUAGGGCAGAUGACCUAACUUGAUAAGUCUCACUGGUUGUGAUUGUGUCAAAACAACAUGUACAUGAGGCCUGUCAUCUGAAAGGUGAGUACCACUUACGUAACUGAUGUCCUGUGCUAUAAAAUAGGUUGUAAUGAUAUAAAUCGGGUAGUUUGAAUCAUGAUUGGCUAAAAGAACUGGUAUAUGAGACCAACACAACUAAAUGCUUUUUUGAGAACAACUGUCGUUUGUCAGUAUUGACUGAAAUAGUUGGUGUGUCAUAAUCCUCAUGAAAUCUAGUGGCCAAACAUGUUUUCAGUUAAUAAAGUUUCACACUCCA